AUGUACACUCGCAGCAUCCUUCUCUACCUGGGCGCACUUGCGUGGCUGACCCAAGGUGCACCCCUUAAUAUCAACCUCGGCGCUUACUCUCCUGCCUUGGUGGUCGAGGGAGUUGCAGGUCGUCCUGCAGAGGGAGGUGCAGGAGGUGCAGAGGGUGGUGCAGGCGCUGGAGAAGGAGGCGCCGGUGGUGCUGGAGAAGGAGGUGCCGGUGGUGCUGGAGAAGGAGGCGCCGGUGGUGCUGGAGAGGGCGGAGCAGCCGGCGGCGAGGGCGGAGGUGGAGCUGCUGCUCCAGAGGCAAGCACAAUCUCAGCUGCUCAGGAUGUCUCGGCUCUGCAAGGCAUGGGCAAGCAGAGACUCCCAUAG